UUACAACUGUUGAGCUUUCAAGUGUAACCCGAGCUGAGACCGGCCAACCUCAGCAGCUGCCCAUGCGGGGACGCGGCGCUGCCGUCGCCGUCUCCCCCAGCCUUCCUCGGCCGCUCGCCGGCUCGCGGACCCCCGGCACGCAGCGGGAACCCCGCACGGCGUCGGGGGGCUGCCGGAGCCUUCCGAGCAUGCAGCCCCGCCGGGGAUAAGCCGUGGCGCUCGCCAAAAGGGCCCCGCGGCGGAUCCCUCGGGCUGUUUUUUCCCUCCCUCCCUCCUCCGGCUCCCCCAUCCCUCCCUUCCGCCAGGCGUGCCGUUUCUGUUCUGCAUUUCUGGGAAACCAUGGACAAGAAGCAAGAUUCCAAGGGAUCCUUGGAGCCGCACAAACCAGUGAAAAGCAAGAAGAAGCGGGAGCUGAGGAUAACAUGUGUCCCCAUCAAGCAGCCCGUUGCCAACACAACGCCCCCGAGGAACCUGGACUCCAGGACGUUCAUCACCAUCGGAGAUAAAAACUUCGAGGUGGAAGCUGAUGACCUGGUGACGAUUUCGGAGCUGGGCCGUGGGGCUUACGGAGUGGUGGAGAAAGUCCGGCACGCGCAGAGCGGCACCAUCAUGGCCGUGAAGAGGAUUCGAGCGACUGUGAACACUCAGGAGCAGAAGAGGCUGUUGAUGGACUUGGAUAUCUCCAUGAGGACGGUCGACUGCUUCUACACCGUCACCUUCUACGGAGCCCUCUUCCGAGAGGGUGACGUGUGGAUCUGCAUGGAGCUCAUGGACACCUCCCUAGAUAAAUUCUACAAGAAAGUACUAGAGAAGAAGAAAAGCAUCCCUGAAGACAUUUUGGGGAAAAUGGCCGUGUCUAUUGUACGGGCUCUGGAGCAUCUGCACAGUAAACUGUCCGUAAUCCAUAGAGACGUGAAACCUUCCAACGUGCUCAUCAACAAGGAGGGACACGUGAAGAUGUGUGACUUCGGGAUCAGCGGCUACUUGGUGGACUCGGUCGCAAAGACCAUGGACGCCGGCUGCAAACCGUACAUGGCUCCAGAAAGAAUAAAUCCUGAGCUGAACCAGAAGGGCUACAACGUGAAGUCGGAUGUCUGGAGUCUGGGGAUCACAAUGAUCGAGCUGGCCAUUCUCCGCUUCCCCUACGAGUCCUGGGGCACCCCCUUCCAGCAGCUCAAGCAAGUGGUGGAGGAGCCGUCGCCCCAGCUGCCUGCCGACCGCUUCUCCAAGGAGUUUGUGGACUUCACGGCGCAGUGCUUAAGGAAGAACCCUGCUGAGCGAAUGAACUAUUUAGAACUUAUGGAACACCCCUUCUUCACCUUGCACGACACCAAAGAGACUGACAUGGCCUCCUUCGUGACAGAGAUCCUCGGGGAAGACUCCUAACUCAAAGCUCACGGCUUCUGCAGUCCCCUCCACCCGGCAUCCCUGCAGCACAGCCGACGAGGACUCGAGUCUAUGGUGGUUUGCACAGAUCACAUUUCCCCAACCCACGGGCGUCUCCGGGCCUGGCCGCCCUUGCAGUCUCUUUUUUCUUUGCCCCGUAACUGAAAUCCCCCAGGAGGAGCCUUCUGAAGCCGACACCUUCCCGACUAAGCCACCACAACCCAAGGCUCAGGAGCAUCCCAUGGGUGCCAGGCACGUCCCCCACGGGGAGGGGAUGGUGCCCACGGUACCCGAGUGGAGCCGGCACCGGCUGUCAUCACUCCUGGCACAGCAGGCACAGAGUUUUUACCCUUCUUCCCCUUUGCUGACUGGGGAGGGCAUAGAGAAAACAUUCUGCUGUGCUUUCCCACUCGUCUGCCCUGCCCAAAGCCCCGUCCCCAAACUGUUCCUUCUGUGCCUGGCUCUCCGCCCCAGGCUCCUGGGCAGCUUUUUAGGAGGCUCCAGAGCUCCCUGGGUACACCGCUGUUCCCACAAGAAGCCGUUUUAACGCCUGGUUUGACCCUUCAGUGCAGCACCAGACCUGGCAUCCCCUUCCCACCCCCUCACCGACUCCAUACAGCGGUCCCUUGAAGGUGGUGGGGGAAACAUUUCUGGAUGAG